GGCCUCUAGUGGUCAGAUGCAGCACUGUCUGUUCUCCCGACGGGCCGGAACGAAGCGUGACUCCGCGCUCUGUAAUAGGAAGUUCCCCUCCAAAACUUUUAGGAAACAAUCCUGUCCGACCUGCACCAAACGAACGCCGACACUAUAAUCCUUAUUAUGGGAAAGCUUCUCAGAGAGUGAAGAGGAGCUGCAUCAGCUGUCAUGGAUGCACAAACAGGAACUGAAGGAUUCACUGGUUGAUAUGUACAAAUCUAAUCCUAAAGUCAAUGAAGAACUGAAACAAAGGCUGCCGUCCCCUGUAAAGCACCAUUGUUCAGAGACCACACCACAACUUGGAUCCUCUUUAGGAGAAACGUCUUCAGCUACAUCCCGAUGUCAGAGUUUAUCAAAAGCCUUAGAGGAGAAUCUCACACAAGUAUCUGAGAUUCCCAGGCCCAGAGAAGGUUUGACGCUCAGACUCCCUCCACCCCCACCCGUGCCAGCCCCAGUUGCAGCUGAAGUGAGAAUCAUGGAGGAGGAGAGACGGUCUCCUCAGAGACCCGCAGCACAGCAGGAGCAGGAUAUUAACGAGACAGCCAGCAGUCCGGUCCACACACCUCGUGUCAGCAGAGCAGGGUCAGCCGCGCUCAGGCAUGCUCAUGCUCACGAGGACCAGGGAAAUUCCAAAGUUAUCAGCGACUCCAAAAAGCAAGUACCAGUUCUGGAUAAAGAGAAAAACAUUGCCUUUCUCUUAAAGGAGCUGGAUUCCCUUAGAGACCUCAAUAAGAAGCUCCAGGAGAAGUUGGCACUGAAGGAGAAGGAGUUGGAAACCAAGCUUCUGGACUCACAGCUACAGGAGGCCGAGCUGGAGGCACAUGCCAGUGAGAGAGCAGCAGCGUUAGUCGAGGAAAUCUAUAAGGCUCAGAGGGAGAGAGACCAGGCUGUGAUGGCCAGACUGCGUCUGGCUAACGAGGAGAGGGAUGAAGCUUUACUUCGGGCCAAGAAGCUUCAGGAGGCGACGCUGGAGCUGGAGAAUAUUAAACCUGAAGAAAGUGAUGUGGACCUGGAAGAGUUGUUGAACAGGGUUAACAGCGCGGACUCUGCCCUUGCUAUCGAGCAGAGCGGGGCGGCCAUCAUCCAACAGAUCCAGAAGGCCAGAGAGCGUCGCUCCCAGAUCACCUCAGAGGAGAUGAAAGCCGUCAUAGAGGAGAGAGACGCUGCUUUAACCAGGUGCAAGCGUCUGGAACAAGAGCUUCUUCAUGUGAAAGAGCCGUGCCAUUAUUCUGCAAACAGCACCCGCCACCUGGCCGCCCAAAACAAUCGGGAACGAGCGAGCAAGCUUGAAGAGGAGCUUCAAGAAGCUCAGAGAGAAAGAGAUAAAGCCCUGCUGCACAGUCACACAGUGGAAGAGGAGCUGCAAACCUUACGCAGGUAUCACAGUGUGCUACAGCAUCAGGCUGAUGAGACCAGUCUGGACAGUCCUGCCACCUCAAACCAGAGCCAGAGCCAGAUUCAGCCCCUGCUGCACCGUCUGCAGCAUCUGACGGCAGAAUUUCAGAGCGCUCAGAACCAGCUGUGUCUGACCCAGGAGAGAGAGAGGGAGGCCAAUGAGAAAGUGCAGAGGUUGGAGCGGCUGGUGGAGGUGUUACGGAAGAAAGUGGGCACUGGCAGUGUCCGGAAAGUCAUCUGACUGACUGGCCGUCGGGCGACCCGAGCAGACGGCCACAUCUGGUGACCAGGCUGCAGCGUUUAACUCUGAGCAAACAGCCGAAGCCUGGCCUGGGCAAACACAGGCUGGAAGUGGCGUUCUUUCUCUCAGCCCUGUUCUCAUUCCAGCCCAGGCUCAGAAAUGCCAUCGUAAAUGUUUAACCACAUUCUCUCUGCAGUCACCAAUGAAACUACUGCUGCCAGCCCUUUACCUCCACACUCUUAUCAGCUACUCCAAAGGUUUUCUUUCUUUCAUUCUUUCUCUCCUCACAGUCAAUUUUUACUUACAGUGUGACAUUAAGUCUGGUUAAACAAGGGAGAUUUGAUUGGACGAUUACUUUGUGAGGUACUGAGACUUUAUUUUUCAUAGAAAGCCAGCUAUUUCUGGACAAAGCUGGGAUUUGGGGAUGGACAAACUGGACUAUAGAUAUUUUACAUUUUCCCAAAUUAAUAAACUGAGUUAUAACAGCAAUAUUCAGUGUAUCAGUCGACACAAUCAGUAUUUAUGAUCAUGAAUGCUUGUUUGGUAUAUACUCUUAAAUGUUAUUUAAUAAUAAAUUGUUUCUGUGAUUUAUCAA